AUUAAUGCUCCGAGGACCAAGGGGCACUGGUCACAAGUAUCUCUCUAGUCUAGAUCAGCUUCUGGGAAAAAAAUAAACUCCUCUGAAUUAUUAAAGAUUAAGCCCUACUUAUCACAAUGCAUUGCCUGAAAAGUCUGAGGACAGCCAACCCGGGAAUCGUGCAGUUAUUUAAAAAUGCAGGGAUCUCCGCCAGAGUUGGAGCUGACAGCUUUGUUUUGUCCAGGACGCAGCAACCUGUUCCUCUCCCCUGCUGGGCCGCAGCAUCACCUCACACCCAAAGAGCCCUUCAUCACCAGAAGGGUCCUGAUGUGGACCAAGGGCAAUCCAAAAGAAGUAGGUUGAUGUCCAGUAUGGAGGACCUACUUUUCUACACCAUCACCGAGGGCAAGGAGAUGAUCCCCCUCUCGCAGUUCAUCUCUGCUUUGAGAAAAACAGGUUUGUUGACAUCUGACCCUCGGCUGCGUGACUGUGUCCGUCAGAUGCGACAAUCCACACGUGACUCUAUCGGGCCAGUCAUGAUGGACAAGAAGCUUUUCAGGAGGUGUGUGGGCAACAACAUCAUGCUGCUGACUAAGGCUUUCAAAAAAAAGUUCAUCAUCCCCAACUUUGAAGAGUUCACUCAGCAGAUCAAUAAGAUAUAUGACAGUGCACAACAGCAGGAGGGAGGACAAGUAGCUGAUUACAUUCCUCAGCUUGCUAAGUUCAGUCCUGAUCUCUGGGGUGUAUCUCUGUGCACCAUUGAUGGACAGAGACACUCUGUGGGUGACACCAAGGUUCCCUUCUGUCUGCAGUCGUGUGUGAAACCUCUGGAGUACGCCAUCUCCGUGCAUGAGAUCGGCAUGGAGCAAGUUCACCACUUUGUGGGCAAAGAGCCCAGUGGUCUCAAGUUCAACAAACUGUCACUAAAUGAGGAAGAUAAACCACACAACCCGAUGGUGAAUGCCGGAGCUAUCGUCAUCAGUUCUUUAAUAAAGCCGCAUUCAAACAAGGCCGAGAGGUUCGACUAUGUGAUGGAGUUCCUGAAGAGCAUGGCUGGUACAGAGUAUGUGGGGUUCAGUAAUGCAACUUUCCAGUCAGAGAGGGAGACUGGUGAUAGGAAUUAUGCAAUUGGUUAUUACCUCAAAGAAAAAAAGUGCUUUCCUGACAGUGCCGACAUGAUUGCAGCCCUCGACUUCUACUUUCAGUUGUGCUCCAUAGAGGUAACCUGUGAGUCAGGGAGUGUCAUGGCUGCCACACUGGCCAAUGGAGGUAUUUGUCCAAUCACAGGCGAGCGAGUGCUGAGCGCCGAGGCAGUUCGUAACACGCUGAGUCUCAUGCAUUCAUGUGGAAUGUACGAUUUCUCCGGACAGUUUGCCUUCCAUGUGGGCUUGCCUGCUAAAUCCGGCGUUUCAGGUGCUGUACUGCUGGUGGUGCCCAACGUCAUGGGCAUGAUGUGUUGGUCCCCACCUUUAGAUCGGCUUGGGAACAGCGUGCGUGGCAUUCACUUCUGUCAGGAGCUGGUAUCUUACUUCAACUUCCACAACUAUGACAACCUGAGACACUUCACCAAGAAACACGACCCUAGAAGAAGAUCAGAUGAGGAUCCAAACAAGUCAGUUGUAAACCUGAUGUUUGCCGCCUACAGUGGUGACGUCUCUGCUCUGAGGAGGUUUGCCCUCUCAGCUUUGAACAUGGAGCAAACAGACUACGACUCUCGCACAGCACUCCACAUCGCUGCUGCAGAAGGUCAUGUGGAAGCGGUGAUCUUCCUGACUGAAGUGUGUAAAUUGAAUCCUUACAUGAAAGACAGAUGGGGAAACACACCCCUAGAUGACGCCAUGCAGUUUGGCCGUGAUGUUGUUGUUUCGGUCCUGCAAGAUUAUCAGGGCGUGUACGCUGACAGAGACUCAUCAUGUGACACAGAGGAGCAGAAGAACAUGCUGGAUACGUUGAAGGGCAUUGUUUAAGCUACAAAGGAUCAUGAGGGUUUGUAAUGGAAAUUCAUCUGUUUUAUUAAGCACCUGAGAGGACUAAAAGGACACUGGAUGAUUGACAGAAGUUAUGAAAAACUGAGUUUAUCUUAAAUAUGGGAUUAUUUAAGUUAUAUAACAAUAAUGUGGGGAUCAUCCUUUAGACUGUUGAAAAGCUGUACAGUGUAGGAUUAAGUCCCUUUUAUUGCUUUUCUGUACACUGGAGGAAUUGUUCAACAAUGUAAAGUAUCAACAAAGCACUAUAUAAGACGCCAACAGGCAACGUGCUGCUUGUGUGGAGAAAAUGAUGUUAAUUUAAGCUACGAUUUGGUUUGUGUUGCAACAUUAAUUGUUUUGUAUCUAAUUUUGUAUGUAAUUACUGUGCUUAUUUAUUUUCCAAGUAUUGAAAUACUUAAUAUUCUGAAUUAUCAGUGUGGUAUUUAAUCAGAGGAUUUUACGCCUCCUGUGUAAUAACUGUAUAAAUAUUACCAAAGCUGCUUGAUUAAUUUUCUACCUCAACAGGAGGUGAUUCAGUUGCAUUUGUGCCUGUUAACACAGAAAGGACUGUUUCAUUGUAGUUGAUGCUAGUUCACUGAGGCUAAUAGGUCAGUUUAUUCACCUCUGAUACCUUUUGUUCAUGUGGUUAUUGAUUGUUUCUUUUUUGGAGGAAUUACUUUUUCAUUAGUGUGAGCUUUUUUUUAUUGGUUACUUGUGUGUCACAGAAACAUCUGCAUGUCUCAGGCACUGGGAACAAUGCACAGUUUGGUUAAUUUAACACAAAUGAGACUAAUUAUUAAAUUUAGUCAUACAAGACACAGAUGUGUUAAAAGUGAUACUAUCUUUAUCAGGAGGAAAAUUACAGCUUUUACUUCUUAAUAUGUAGUGUAUCUAUUUUAAAGUGAUUACACUGUGCUAAAUACACAGCUAAAAUCACACCAUAUUCUACAGUAUUCUUCUCAAAUGAAUGCAGUUUUUCAUUCUGUUUUAUUAAGUGUGCCAUUUCAUUUAACUGUGGCAGUGAAAUGAUACCUCAUAAAGCAUAACUUUACUGAGCCUUGGUAUUUCCCUGUAAAUAUGUAUCAUCUUGUUGUAAACAAAAGAGAAAUGUGAAAGUUAUUUUAUUAAAACAAUAUACAGUAUGAA